CUCUGCCCCGGCCCCGCCGUGUGCGAUGGAUUGAGGCGUGUCCGGCUGCGCCCCGAGCCCGGCCCCGCCCGCAGCCCACAUAGAUGAGAUGGAAAAUCGGGGGCUCUUCUGCACCCUCUGUUACCUGAUGUUCAACGCGCCUCUGCUGUUCAUCGUCACCGCUACCUUUACUGAAGUUCCCAAAGAUGUGACUGUUAGGGAGGGAGAUGAUAUUGAGAUGCCUUGUGCUUUCCGAGCCAGCGGAUCCACCUCUUACUCCUUGGAAAUCCAGUGGUGGUACCUUAAAGAACCAGCCAGAGAACUUGCACACGAAUUAGCCAUCAGUGUCCCCGGCAGCAGGAGCAAGGUAACAAAUAAGGAUGCAACCAAAAUCAGCGUAAGUGCAGCUCCAGCGGGGUGGUGCGUGCCCCCCCUCCCCUACGCGUGGGGUUUGCGGCGUGCCCCCCUCCUUUCCCGACACACCAGUGCACUGGUCUCACUGGCAGCCCCUCUCCUGCAGUGUGGCCGGGGGGGGUGGCACGUUUCCCCCCCGGUGUGCGGUGGCUCGGUGCAAACGUUGCCAUCUGUUGCUGGUUUCGCGGUCACGUUUCAUUCCUCCCGAGCCGAGCGGAGGGGGUGCGUGCCGUGCAGCCCCUCCUCGGCCACGCUCGGGAAGGACCGUGGGGCCGCCUCAGGAGAGAAGUUUGCUUUCUUCCCCCCGCAAACCCCACUCGCCUGGGGCGACCCCCUUCUCUCCCUGUCCCGCAGGAAACGAGCCCCUUUCCCCGUGAUGCGGGACCGGGAUUGCCCCGGCCACGUGCCCGCCGGCUGCUCUGCGCCGUGCUCGGGCGCGGCUGGGGCCGUUCCCUCCCGGCCGAGCCUGGGCCGCACCGGGACCGCGGGGCGCGUCCUCGCACCGCCGCCGCCGCCCCCGGCCGAGGGGGCUGCCUCCACCGUCACCGUCUCGGCGGCCGCCGCUGCCUCCUCGGCCUCGCCGCCGCCCGGGCAGGCCGCCAUCCUCCGCCAGCAGCACGGGUCAGGUACAGGACCUAUUUAUGCUACAGACCCGCUCCUAUAUAUGUUCCUGUUAAUACUGCAUAAGCUUGUACAUUUAUUAGUAAACCACUGACGGACUACUUCCUCCACUCCUCCUCAGCCAAACAAAAAGGAACCUAUUUAAAACCAGAACAAAUCCCUGACAAAAAAAAAAAAAAAUACCUGCAGUUUUAAAGAUGGACAGAAAGAGACUGAAAGAAGCAUGAUAAAAUUCUACAUGAGGGGAAAAACAUAUUUUUGGGGAUGCCACUGAAAGUAAACCACAUAGAAUAAUGCAUCUAGUUUCCAGACUCUACGGUGUAAAGCCCUGCUCAGUGCAUGGCAACUAUGAUUUCUCUAUUUUAAUGUAAUAUUUUUUCUUUUCUAAACCUUUCCUCUGACUCUUCAUUUUGCACGAACUGUUGAGCAGUUAUCUUUAUGACAAUAUGUAAAGAUGUUGGGUCAAAGCCCUUCCUAAGAAAGGAAAUAUUUUUAGUAGAUUAUUGUGUUUAGGUUUUUUUGGAUUUCCUUUUUCUUUUUUAAUUAAAUUAUUUCUUUUGGAGACAUUUUAAUUAAAAAGGUACAUCUUACCAUAAUUAAUAUUCACUGUCAAUAAUAUUUAUUUUUAAAUGAAGAUUGGAAACAAGGUAAGACAUUUGUUUAUAAACUGUAUUGUAUAUUGCUGAAUAACAGUUGAAUAAAAAGAUUUUGAAAUAAAGUUUUUACAGA